UGUCCACAGUCUCUGGUCAUCUCCUGUAUUAUGUCCGCAGUCUCUGGUCAUCUGCUGUACUGUGUCCGCAGUCUCUGGUCAUCUGCUGUACUGUGUCCGCAGUCUCUGGUCAUCUCCUGUACUAUGUCCGCAGUCUCUGGUCAUCUCCUGUACUUAUAUCCGCAGUCUCUGGUUAUCUCCUGUACUGAGUCCGCAGUCUCUGGUCAUCUACUGUACUAUGUCUGCAGUCUCUGGUCAUCUCCUGACUAUGUCCCUCUAGUCAUAUCCUGUAAUGUCUGAAGUC